AUGAGGUUAUUAAUUGUGUCUACCUUGAUAUUGCUCUUUUGUCAGUCAUUCGUCUAUGGAGCGAAGAAGUUGUGUCGACCUAAGGCUCGAGCUGCUCCAAAUCUAGAACUGAAUGGAAUAGAUGCCACAUUCACCAGAAAGACCGUUCGAAAACCAAUGCAAAAAGUCUAUUUCUGGCCAUCACUGACCGAAAGAGAACGUCAAAUCUUACGCGAUGCCUUCUACCAGAUUGGAAGACGUACAUGCAUUAAGUUUGAGGAACAGGAAUACAAACCUUGGUUUCACGCGGAUCGCUGGAUUAGCGACCAACCAUACGUUCUCAUUCGUAAAAGCAAAAAGUAUGCAGCCUAUUCCGACAACGCUGUCGAGGGCCUUGUAGAUAGAACGAUACUGUACAUUGCUGAGGGAGCCUUUCAGAUGACUUCACAUAAUCACUCACGCGGGGCUGUAAUGGAUCAGCUAGUGCGAUUUAUGGGCAUGAAGAAGGAGAUGUAUCGGCCAGAUGCAGCUUCAUACAUUCAACCGAUCGCACCGGUGCCACUAAUUCGACAACCCACGUUUCAACCGGCUCAGCUGAUGUGGCCGUUUGACCCAGAAAGUGUAACAAUUCCAUUAUGGGCUAGAGACAAGUAUCGCCUUACGCAGUAUUGCCCUGCCCGAAAUGAUGUGGACAUUGGAGCUGGACAAAGGGUUGGAUUACUUACGAAGUAA